AUGGCAUCCCAAGCACAAGCCCAGGCUCAGGCUCAGGCUCAGGCCCAGGCCCAGCGUCCCAAGGUCCAGCCUUGUCGGUACAAGACGGGGAAGACCCUAGGCGCCGGAUCUUACUCCGUUGUGAAGGAGUGCGUACACAUCGACACGGGCCGGUAUUAUGCCGCGAAGGUGAUCAAUAAGCGACUUAUGGCGGGGCGCGAACACAUGGUAUGGGUGUCUACUAGGAAAAGUCCCGGAAGAUAUACGGUCGCUGGCGAUGUUCGCAACGAGAUCGCUAUACUCAAGAAAGUGUCAAUGGGUCAUCAGAACAUUUUGACCUUGGUCGAUUACUUUGAAACUAUGAAUAACUUAUAUCUGGUCACCGAUCUUGCACUGGGUGGCGAGUUGUUCGACCGUAUCUGUCGUAAAGGCAGCUACUUCGAAUCAGAUGCUGCGGAUCUUAUCCGCGCCAUUCUGUCGGCUGUGGCCUACUUACAUGAUCACGGUAUCGUGCACCGUGACUUGAAGCCCGAGAAUCUGCUAUUUCGCACCCCGGAGGACAAUGCGGAUCUUUUGAUUGCCGACUUUGGCUUGUCUAGGAUCAUGGACGAAGAACAGUUCCAUGUUCUCACUACAACAUGCGGUACACCCGGGUACAUGGCGCCCGAGAUUUUCAAAAAGAGCGGCCACGGAAAGCCAGUGGAUAUCUGGGCCAUCGGUGUCAUCACCUACUUCUUACUCUGCGGCUACACCCCCUUUGACCGCGACUCCAACCUGGAAGAGAUGCAGGCCAUCCUUGCAGCUGACUAUUCUUUUACUCCGCUUGAAUAUUGGCGGGGUGUCUCGCAGCACGCCCGGGAUUUCAUCAAACGGUGUCUGACCGUGGAUCCCGAAGCGCGCAUGACCGCCCACGAAGCCCUCCAACACCUCUGGGUCAACCCGCCCUACGACCCAUACGCCGAUCAGUCCGGUCAAGACUUGCUCCCGACCGUCAAGAAGAACUUCAACGCCCGUCGGACACUUCACAAGGCCAUCGAUACCGUCCGUGCGAUCAACAAGCUCCGCGAAGGUGGCGGCCUGAUGAUGGACGGGGUGAUGAGCGUAGACCCGAAACCGGAAAGGGUCAACGGCAACCAUGUCGUCGAGGAAACAUCACACCACGACGGACAGAUGGACCUCGACAGCCGCAGCGAUGCGCGCGGCCAGACGGAAGAACAGAUCCGGGCACAGGAGCAGAGAGUGAAACAGAUGGUAGCCGGACUGUGGAGUAGAAAUGCGAAGAAAUGA